ACGAGUACCUAUGUACUGUACUGUACAAGUACCUCAGUACCUGUACCUGGGGCGCAGUCUGGGCUGCGGCUUCAGGCAGCUGUCCGUUGGAAGGUCUUGGCCGACUCCGGAUCCCCUCCAUCCAAAUUGAUCCCAAAUUCCAUUUCCAACCGCUUCUAGUAAUGAGGUAAAAUGGCGGAACCCCUAUCCAUCGGAGCGAGUGUCUUGGCUUUUAUCGGGCUCGCAGAUCGCAUUAUCAGGCUCAGCAAAUACUGCAUCGAUGGGCUCCAAGACGCGCCCAGCGAAAUUCGCAUGAUCCAUGGCGAAGUCUUAUCACUCCGGGCGAUUGUGGAUGUCUUGGCAGAAACGGACGCUCCUUCCCUCUUCAACAAGGAUGGCCCCUUGGAAGGUUGCCGUUGCUGCCUCUCGGACCUUGAGGGCCUUCUUCCCGGGGUCGAUACGAGCCUCAGACGUGCCGGCCGCCUACUCACUGUCGCCGAGCUCGCCUGGCCGCUGAAACAGUCCAAAGCGAGGAAGCUCGUAGCUGAGCUUUCGCAGCACAAGGCCACGCUGCUCCUGGUGAUGUCGGGUGAUAUCGUCCAUGAGCUGCGCGGUAUCAAAAGAACGCUAUCGAAGUUGCAAGACGAUGUCUCUGAAUCUGAGCGACAUAAGAUUCACACCUGGCUAGAACGCACAAAUCCAUCAGGGCUACACAAUUCCGCUAUUGGUAAACAUGAACCACACACAUGUGCCUGGCUGAUGCAGUCUGUCGAGUGGAAAUCCUGGGUGUCUUCAACGGCACCCGAUCGGAUGCUCUGGAUUUACGGUAUCCCCGGCUCCGGCAAAACAGUUCUAGCAUCUUUUGCUAUCGAAAAACUGAAGCUCCUCUGCCAAGGCACUGCUGGCCACAUCUGCGUCUAUUACUAUUGCCAUUACUCAAACGGCCAGGACGAAGCCUUGCCGCUGCUGAGCUGGGUGGUUUCCCAGGUGUGUCGCCAGCUAAAGUGGGCGCCCUCUGAACUCAAAUGUCUCUACGAUCGGGGCUGCGAGCCCACCAUUCCGGAGCUACAGCACGUUUUGGAACUUGUUCUGACGCGCGUCGAGAGGCUUGUCAUCGUCGUGGAUGCCGUUGAUGAGAGUACACCCAGAGACUCGCUGGUACGUCUUCUCGCGAAUAUGACCUUGGACAGCCGAUUCCAGAAGGUCCGCAUACUCGCAACAAGCCGCCAAUAUUUCGACAUCGAACGUGUCUUCUCCGGAAUCUCAAUCUCUAUAUCCAUGAAGAACCAAUAUGUCGAUGCAGACAUUGAGUGUUAUAUUCGGUCUAGGCUUGAUUCAAGCAUUCGUCUGCGGCGAUGGCGAGAUCAUUCGCGUGAGAUUCAACAGGCACUCGUGGCAAAGGCGGCUGGAAUGUUCCGCUAUGUUGACUGCCAACUCGACAGUAUCGAGCGCCUUCGUGACAAGACAAAACUCUUCUUGGUACUCCAGGACUUGCCUGAAGACCUGAGUGAAACAUAUGUCAGAAUAUUCGACAAUAUCCCCGAAGCCGAUCGUCAAUUCAUUACCCGUGUCCUUCUAUGGGUCUAUGGUGACUCUGUUGCACCCUGGCCGGUUCGCCGAGGGAUUAACGCAAAACUGUUACUCGAGGCUGUCACCUUCGACUUGUACGGUCGUGAUGCGGUGGAGAAGAAUUCCGCGUUUGACUGGGAAUGCCUCCAAGACCUCUGUGGCUGCCUCAUAGCAGUCACAAAAGAAAACCCGGAAUUAGAUGGGGGUGAUGUAGACGAUCCUGCAGUCUGCUACGUCACCCUCGCCCACUACACCGUCUGGGAAUUUCUUACUUCUUCACAUAUCUUGUCGACUCGUGCUUCCCGAUUUGCAAUGUCGACACCGGUUGCCUGCAGGGAGUUUGCCACCAGCAUCCUCCGCCAGGCUCUGACGGCCGAUCCUAAGGGAAGACGAACCGACUGGCGGCGGGAACGCGAGGCAUAUUGUAUGGUACUCCGGUGUGCUUUUAAGUCGCCUACGUAUCUACAGACACCCCAGGACUGGACCUGGAUCUAUUCCUACACUUCUUAAACCCAGGCAACCCUCAUUUUCGGAGGUUCCCGGGCAUCCAGACACGUGCUCUUUACGACGAUGAGGACGUUAGACGCAUCUUUCACAUCGGGCAACUUUACUCAGAGUUCCGUGUGCCAACAGAUUCGGACAUGGGACAGCAAAACAUUACACCUGAGACUCUUCUUAAUCUUUGCUUGUUCCAAGGCUUGUGGGGUCUACAUCAUGUACGAAGUGUGAUUUUUUAAAAAUCGAAGUCAGCUGAAAGUCAGUGCAGGCUACCGGAGUACAUCUGCAGCCACAGGGUCAGCGAGAAGCCACAG